AUUCAAUGUCAAGAUGUAAAAUAAUAGUGGAAGUCAGGGGAGGGGGGGCCAUCGUCAUAUAGGUAUACAUAUUUUCCCUUUUUUUUUUCCUCAAUGAAGUCUCUUACUUUCAUAAGUAAAAUCAGAAUCAUUCUAAAGAGCACUGCAGAUUUUCUUCCCUGUAAGAAACAAUCAAAGACUUUGUAAAUAGAGGCAACUUCAUGAAGUAACAGAUGUUUUAUGUGAAGACAUAAAACCCGAGCCUGAAUAUAAUGAGAAGUGUGUGCUCGAGGAGUAAAAGUUGGAAGUUGGACACUCAGUGAGAUAUAGCUGUUCAGUUCCAGGGUUUUUCUAAAAGGUAGUCUAGUCAGUCAGAGGCUUGACUGGCUCAGUGAUCACCAAGUUGUGUCCCAGCAGCCAAGAAAGGUUUUCCAUCAGAUAAUGAAUUAUGAAAUAUGUCUCACAGUGGAAAAACCAGUCAUCUGCUGAUGUCAUGCUGAUUCUAACCAAUCCCAAACAAAGCCCCAGCCCUCCUCUGUUUGAGUGGUACCAAUGUGUGAGUGUGCAAAUGAGUAGCACAGUAUAAAACUUGAGAGUGCCAAUACCAUGAAGAGGAACUCCUCACACAGCUCUUUCCACACGAUACAGGAGUCUGCCGGUGAAAGACAGAGGACCGGAAAGAGAAUUUGCUGAAGAGGAGGAGGGGGAAAAAAAGAAAGAAAAAAAGAAAAGAAAAGAAAAGAAAGAAAGAAAGAACGAAAGAAAGAAAGGGGGAAAAAAAACACCAAACCCAAACCUGUGCGUGAGUGGGGGUAGGAAAAGUAGGGCCUUUUAAAAAGGCAAUCACAACAACUUUUGCUGCCAGGAUGCCCUUGCUUUGGCUGCGAGGAUUUCUGUUGGCGAGUUGCUGGAUUAUAGUGAGGAGUUCCCCCACCCCGGGAUCCGAGGGGCCCGGCGCAGCCCCCGACUGCCCGUCCUGCGCGCUGGCCACCCUGCCAAAGGAUGUACCCAACUCUCAGCCGGAGAUGGUGGAGGCCGUCAAGAAACACAUUUUAAACAUGCUGCACUUGAAGAAGAGACCCGAAGUCACCCAGCCGGUGCCCAAGGCGGCGCUUCUGAACGCGAUCAGGAAGCUCCAUGUGGGCAAAGUGGGGGAGAACGGGUACGUGGAGAUAGAGGAUGACAUCGGCAGGAGGGCAGAAAUGAAUGAACUCAUGGAGCAGACCUCGGAGAUCAUCACGUUCGCGGAGUCAGGCACAGCCAGGAAAACACUGCACUUUGAGAUUUCCAAAGAAGGCAGUGACCUGUCGGUGGUGGAACGCGCAGAAGUCUGGCUCUUCCUCAAAGUCCCCAAGGCCAACAGGACCAGGACCAAAGUCACCAUCCAGCUCUUGCAGAAACAACCCCAGGGCGGCGUGGACGCAGGGGAGGAGGCAGAGGAAAUGGGCUUGAUGGAGGAGAGAAACGAGGUGUUGAUAUCGGAAAAGGUGGUGGAUGCCCGGAAGAGCACGUGGCACAUCUUCCCGGUCUCCAGCAGCAUCCAGCGGUUGCUGGACCAGGGCAAGAGCUCCCUGGACGUUCGGAUUGCCUGUGAGCAGUGCCACGAGACGGGCGCCAGCCUGGUGCUCCUGGGCAAGAAGAAGAAGAAGGAGGAGGAGGGCGAAGGGAAGAAGAAGGACGGAGGAGACGGAGGGGCAGGGGCAGACGAGGACAAGGAGCAGUCCCACAGACCUUUCCUCAUGCUGCAGGCCCGCCAGUCCGAAGACCACCCUCAUCGGCGGCGGAGGCGGGGCUUGGAGUGUGACGGCAAGGUCAACAUCUGCUGUAAGAAACAGUUCUUUGUUAGUUUCAAGGACAUUGGCUGGAAUGACUGGAUCAUCGCUCCCUCCGGCUAUCACGCCAACUACUGCGAGGGUGAGUGCCCGAGCCACAUAGCAGGCACAUCUGGGUCCUCGCUCUCCUUUCACUCGACCGUCAUCAACCACUACCGCAUGCGGGGCCACAGCCCCUUCGCCAACCUCAAGUCGUGCUGUGUGCCCACCAAGCUGAGACCCAUGUCCAUGCUGUACUAUGAUGAUGGGCAGAACAUCAUCAAAAAGGACAUUCAGAACAUGAUAGUGGAGGAGUGUGGGUGCUCAUAGAGCGCCCAGCCCAGGGGGGACGGGAGCCAGAGUUGUCCAGAGAAGACAGUGGCAACAUGAAGAAGUGUUUAAGGUUUCGGAGUUAAACGAGGAGAAAAAAUAUAUAUAGAGAAAUUAAAAAAAAAUAAACUAAAAACAAAACCUGAAACAGAUGAAGGAAGAUGUGGAAAAAUUCCUUAGCCAGGGCUCAGAGAUGAAGCAGUGAACAAGAUGGGAGUUGGGAGGGAAAGGGAGAAAGGCGUGCCCUUCGUUUCUUCCGGUAUCUAUCAAAGUGAUGACAUCCGUUGCUUACACGGGAGUAUCAUCCCCUCCUUUUCAGUCCCCCUUCAGUGUGAGCCUCGAAGUCAACUUGUCUGGUCUGCAGGAAUGUGGGCUAGCACAACCCAAAUAGCAUCUAGAAAGCCAUGAGUUUGAAAGAGCCAGUUACAGGCACUUUCCCAUCCAGUUACCCAGGUUGUAAGGUAUGUCUGUGUGACCCUCUCUCUGUGUAUAUCAGCCCGUGCACACACGCACACAGACACACACACCACAGACACACACACACACACACACACACACACACACACACACACAGACGCGUUUCCACACAGCCCAUGCACACACACACACACGUACCGGUAAGAGAACUAUAGUGUGCAGGUGGUACACUUCCUUUUCUGCACCAGUUUUGCAACAAAGCAAAACAGAACAAAAACCAACCUAAAAAAAAAAAUUGAGAGCAAGAAUGGGAAGAGAGAAAAAUCAAGGAACAAAGAAUACCAAGUCACAUUUCGUUAAGGUGCUUAUGAUCUUAGAACUAUGCAACCUAAUAGGUUUGAAACUGUUUACCUGAGAGAGAACAAAAAGAGAGACUUUUUUGUAUUGGAAGUAACCUGAUUAAUUUUUAUUUUCUUCAAGGAGAGAUACUUGAAAGGAAUAUGUUUGUCCAUCUGUUGGAUCCAAACAUUUCUAUAUUUUGUAAAUGUUGUUUUUUUUUUAUCGUUUACUAUUUGCACUACAAUGGUGUUUGACCUGUCUAAUCCCUUAUUUAACAAGUAUUUUCUGUGGGUGGGGGUGGGGGGGGUUAAGAGCUGCACUUAAUGUGAGCUAUAAAAGAACUGCUACAGCACACAAAAUAGCUAUUUUUAUUAUUAUAAUUAUAAUUAUUAUUAUUAUUUUGUACCUUAAAAAAUAGACACAUACACCAAAGACAUUUGUGUGAGCCUUUAAACAGUCUGUCUGUGGUUGGUAUCAUUCACCAUCAGUGAGUCAGGGGUUGGGAUUCAAGGUGGAGUAGGGUGGAUCGUGUUCAGGCUUCGGAGACCUGAGAAGUUUGAGUUUUGACUCCUUUGACAUCCAUUAAGCAGGACAUUUCAUACUGGACGUACAGUAGUUGUACACUGUUGGAUGUCAAGUUCAAUCGGAUUCACAGAACACUACAUGCUUGUAUGUGUAUAUAUACAUUGCUUGUGCAUAUGCGUACCUGUGUGUAUAUAUACAUGUAUUGCAUCAUGCCCAUAUACACAUUUUAAGGACUUCAGGCUGUCAUUUUUUAAAUGUUCUUAAAGCAAUGAAUGUUUGUGUGCAAAACACAGUAUUUUUAAGAAGGAUAGGCUAUAGUUUUGCUUUUACUCUGAAUUAGGUGGGCACGUUUCAAAAAGUUGGGUGGGAAGAAGCCUGGAAAUGCCAGUGAAUAUUCAGCAAGACCCUCUUUCCAUGUGCAGGGACUGAGUUCCCUCUUCUCUCUUGUCCCCCACCUCCACCCCACCAGGGAAAACAGGAAACUCAUGUUCUUCAAGGUUCUAGGCUGAUCUGAAGUUGGUUUUUUUUUUGUUUGUUUUUUUGGUAACUUAUAUUUAUUAUCUAUUGGAAUCAAUCUUAAAUCAGAAAGCUUUUUCAGAAAGAAAAAAUUAAUCUUUAGGCCUUUGGUUACUUUUUUUUUUUUUUUUUUUUUUUUGGUGAUUAAGGCCUGCUUGUGAGAAAUUUUACUUGCUGGGCUAGAUAAUGUUGUUGUCACUAGUAAAAAGAUAAAUAACUUGGGGGGGGGGAAGGUCUUAAGAGUUUGAGAGUAAGAAAGAGAACUGCAGGGGUGACAGCAGUGGUAAAAAUCCCUAAUAUUUUAUUUAAUUUACAGCCAAAACUCUUGAUACAUAAGUUUGUAUGUAUUGACUCAGAUGCAAAAAAAGAAAAAAAAACACUUUGUUUUAUAAAUAUCAAAGUACAUGCUUAAAGCUAAAUUUCUACUAAUUUAUUCCACAGUAUUUAGCUUGCCUAGGAUAGCUCAUAAGUUAUUCAUUUAUAUGCUUUUAAAAAUACAGAGCCUUAUUUUUACUGACUUGUUUGAAGUUUGCAAAAAUUGAAAAAAAUACUAAUAAUUUGGAAAAAAAAAUUGCAUUCAUUAGCAUUUUGUAAAAUACUGAAACUUUCAGCCCUAUGUCCAUUCAUAGAUUAAAAAAAAUAAUUGUAGGAAAAUAAAAUAGUGAGAAACCAAACAUUACAAAAGGUGGUUUAGCUCUUCUUGAGAUAAAUACUAAAUCGGUAUAUAUGUAACACUAGGCUGUAUGUAGGCAAAUUAUUUUAAUGUUAUUACUGGGCAAAUAUACUUACUACAUCUUGAGGUCCAUCCUUUCUUAGGCAGAAAUAUAACAUGUACUACAUGGGAGUGGACCCUAAGUGCAAGAGGGAGAGCAUGCAAAAUUGGUCCUUGCUUCCUCACUCUUAACCACUGACGAGGAAAUCGUGCAGGUGGGGAAGGUGCGCAUGGUGAGGAAAGCUUCAAGGAGAGGGGGAUGGCAGUGUUCAACUUUACAAAUUGCCAUGAAAAACUUAGAGGGUGUUUUGAACUGCGUCUUAACUGUUACUGGAACUAAUAGCGGAACCCAUGAAAAUAAGCGUGGGGAACCAAGUCCUAGUUCCCUGUGUGCUAGCAGAGAUGGCCAGGGCAAUGGGAAAAACAAGAUGUUCGAAAGACAGUUGCUACCUGUUUGUGGCUCCCAUUCAUCUCAAGUGCGUGCCCCAUCUUUGUAAGCCCUUUAAAAGAGUGCUUGGAUGGAGUUUGACUAGUGGCCACAGUAAUUAGAAGCAGAGCAAAGUGAAAUUCCAUACGACAAUAUUUUCAUGGGAUGAUUUAAUUGAAACUAAAUGACCGAGUUAUCAAAUACCUAUAAACUUUAACUUUAUUUCAUUAAAUGUAUAUGGCCUUGAAAUAGAAUGAUAAGUUAUUGCUAUCUUCAGUAACCUUGGAAGAUAUGCGGGCUUGUGAAUAACCCCACUUUUCAUGUAGCAGCAUGCGGCCAAAAGAAAAAACUUUAAAAUUCUACCAUAUUGGGCUCUUCAGAGUAUGUUUCCCUUAAAACAGGGUGGCUCUGGCUGAUCUUAGCAUCUCUCGACUCUUCUCUAGGGCUGAUCUCUAGGCUCUUAAAAAUCUACACAUACCAGUCUUAAAAGCUCUGAAAAGCAUUCGUCCCCAAGUAUCUUUUAAGAAUGAUAUAUAUUUUGUAGUUUGGACUCUUCUUUCUCCCUGUUUUCCUUUUUUCCUCCCUUCCUUCCUCCCUUCCUUCCUCCCUUCCUUCCUUCCUUCCUUCUUUCUUCCUUUCUCUCUUUCUUCUUCCUUCCUUUCUUUCUUUUUCUUUCUUUCUUUCUUUCUUUCUUUCUUUCUUUCUUUCUUUCUUCUUUCACUUUUUUAAAAUUUUUUUCAAAAAGAGCAUGGCAAAUUCCAGCACACUGACUUGGGGUUUUUCUUGCCCCAGAAGACCAAUCAAUUUCAUAGAUAUUUAAGAUUGAUUCCACACUUUGUUUUCCAGGAGAAUGCCUGCAUUCUCCUCUAAGGAAGAGCAAGUGAAUUUUUUUUUCACCCCCGUGGGAUUGGACCUCAAGAAGUAAGUCUAAAAAAUAGAGAGCGUGAAUGCCCCAGUUGUAUUAAGCUUAGAUUCAAAUUAUUAUGUUCACUUGAAAAAAUGAUUUCCCGGGGGCCUUUUGGCAACUUCCCUUUUCAAUGUAGAGAAAAACUUAGUCACCCUGAAAACCUACACAAUAAACGAAACUUGUAGAUGUGGGCAGGAGGUUUGGGGGUGGACAUUGUGUGUGUUUAAAUUAAACCCUUUAUCACUGAAAGCUGUUGUAUGGGUCAGAGAGGAUGAAUGCUCACUCAGAAGCUGUUCACAUCUUCAAGAGCAGAAGCAAACCACAUGUCUCAGCUCUAUUAUUUAUUUUUUAUGCAUAAAGUGCAUCAUUUCUUCUGUAUUAAUUUCCAGUGGGUUUUACCCUCUAUUUAAAUGCUUUGAAAAACAGUGCAUUGACAAUGGGUUGAUAUUUUUCUUUAAAAGAAAAAUAUAAUUAUGAAAGCCAAGAUAAUCUGAAGCCUGUUUUGUUUUAAAACUUUUUAUGUUCUGUGGUUGAUGUUGUUUGUUUGUUUGUUUGUUUUUAUUUUUUAUUUUUAUUUUAUUUUAUUAUUUUUUUUUGUUUUGGCAUACUACAUGCAGUUCUUUAACCGAUGUCUGUUUGGCUAAUGUAAUUAAAGUUGUUAAUUUAUAUGAGUGCAUUUCAACUAUGUCAAUGGUUUCUUAAUAUUUAUUGUGUAGAAGUACUGGUAAUUUUUUUAUUUACAAUCUGUUUAAAGAGAUAACAGUUUGAUAUGUUUUCAUGUGUUUAUAGCGGAAGUUAUUUAUUUCUAUGGCAUUCCAGCGGAUAUUUUGGUGUUUGCAAGGCAUGCAGUCAAUAUUUUGUACAGUUAGUGGACAGUAUUCAGCAGCGCCUGAUAGCUUCUUUGGCCUUAUGUUAAAUAAAAAACCUGUUUGGGAUUUA